AUGUCUGGCGUCUCGGAAGAUGGAGAGCCUUCUCACACCUCGGCUCCCGUGCGCCGUGCAAGAGCGCCCACAAUCACUAUAGAUACCUCUGCAGUGAGCCCGAUAACGCCUACCGAGCAGAACUUUCAACCGACAUCCCCGACAGGCCCGGCCGGUGCUCCAUCGCUAUCACGCGACAACUCAGACAUUACAGUACAAUCGGGCAUCUCGCCCACCGACGAACGGUCAACAACAUCCUCCGAGUGGUACCGAGAAAGCAGGCCAACCUCUCCACAUAAUUUCUCUUCCCCUACAUCAAAGUUUAAUGGCGAAGGUCACUCAAAUUUUCUCGCUGUACCAGGGACUAGAUCCCGUGGGAACUCCAUAGAAUCCGAGAGCGGCACCAACACAGACUAUUCAUUCGGCGGUGAGACCUAUGUGCAAUCCAGUCCGUCGCACACCGAACGCAUAUCGCAGGACCUCAGUCGCGGACUCACCGUUUUAAAUGAUGAGGAAGCUUUGCGGCCAGAUCCUGGGACUGAGGAGGACUUUGAAGUCGAAGAUAACAAGUUCGCAUUUGCACCAGGACAUUUGAAAAAGUUUUUCAACCCUAAAAGCUUGGGUGCACUCCACGCCGUGGGUGGAAUGAAAGGUUUGGAAAAAGGUUUAAGAUCCGACCGAAACUCUGGCUUGAGCGUUGACGAAGCUUAUCUCGAUGGUACCGUAUCCUUUGAGGAUGCCGUGCAUGCUACAAAAGCGAAUCAACCUAAAGCAGUCAGCCGAACAGACACCCAUCGAACACAAGCAAGCCGACAUUCGCAGUCUAAAGAGGCAUUUGCUGAUCGUAAACGCAUUUUCGGAGCAAAUGAGCUUCCUGAAAAGAAGGUCAAGACAAUUUGGGAACUUGCUUGGAUUGCUUACAAUGACAAAGUCCUCAUCCUGCUUUCCAUUGCUGCAGUCAUCUCGUUGGCGCUAGGAAUCUAUCAAUCUGUCACAGCUACAGAUGGCGAAGCUCGAGUACAAUGGGUUGAAGGUGUUGCGAUUAUUGUCGCUAUUUUAAUUGUCGUUGGGGUUGGAGCUGUGAACGACUAUCAAAAGGAACUACAAUUCGUCAAACUCAACAAAAAGAAGGAGGACCGCCAGGUCAAAGCUAUCCGCUCCGGCAAAACGGUCGAGAUCUCCGUUCAUGAUGUUCUGGUUGGCGACGUAAUUCUGCUCGAACCUGGUGAUCUUGUACCGGUCGAUGGGGUUCUCAUCGAAGGACACAACGUGAAAUGCGACGAGUCAUCUACCACUGGCGAAUCAGAUGUUUUGCGAAAACACUCCGCGGACGACGUAAUGCGUGCCAUCGACAACCACGAAUCGUUGAACAAGUUGGAUCCAUUCAUUCUUUCCGGAGCAAAGGUGUCAGAGGGUGUUGGCAAGUUUAUGGUCACCGCUGUCGGCGUACAUUCAGUAUAUGGAAAGACCUUGAUGUCUCUUCAGGACGAGGGCCAAACCACGCCUUUGCAAUCCAAACUCAACGUGCUUGCCGAAUACAUCGCCAAACUUGGUCUUGCAGCUGGUCUCUUGCUCUUCGUCGUCCUUUUUAUCAAAUUUCUCGCCCAGUUGGGCUCUAUAGACAGCGCCAAUGAGAAGGGUCAGGCUUUCUUGCAAAUCUUCAUCGUCGCUGUUACAGUCAUUGUGGUUGCCGUUCCUGAAGGAUUGCCACUUGCUGUUACUUUGGCCCUUGCUUUUGCAACAACGAGAAUGCUCAAGGAUAACAACUUGGUCAGACUACUGCGCGCAUGUGAAACAAUGGGUAACGCCACCACCAUCUGCUCCGACAAGACCGGCACCUUGACUCAGAAUGUGAUGAAGGUGGUUGCUGGGUGUUUGGGCACCUCAAACCGGUUUUCCGACAGUCAGAAUAACGAAUCAUCCCAAUCCGACGAGAACGGAAAUUCUGACGCGGGAGAAGUUUCCCCUUCCACACUUGUAUCUGGUUUGUCUGCAGAUGCUAAAGAGCUCCUACUGGACUCUAUUACUCUCAACUCAACGGCUUUUGAAUCACAAGAAGACGACGGACGAUUGACAUAUGUCGGCUCUAAAACUGAGACGGCUUUGCUCACAUUUGCAAGAGACUAUCUUGGCCUUGGCAGUUUGAACGAAGAACGAUCUAAUGCUAACAUGGUUCAAAUGGUUCCUUUUGACUCAGGUCGCAAGUGUAUGGCUGUUGUCAUCAAGCGCAAGGAAGGCCAGUACCGUAUGUUUGUCAAAGGUGCUUCAGAAAUUCUUCUUGGAAAGUCGACCCGUGUUAUCAACAAGAUUGAAAAUGGAUUGAGCAGCAUCCCACUCAGCGAUGAUGCUCGUACCGGUCUUCUCAAUAUUGCCAACACAUAUGCAUCGCGAUCCUUGAGAGCCAUCAGCUUGCUCUACCGCGACUUCGAACAGUGGCCUCCUCGUGGAGCUCCUACACAAGAGGAUGAUAAAAAUUUGGCUGUUUUUGACUCUAUUUUUAUGGAUAUGACACUAGUCGGCGUGGUGGGAAUUCAGGAUCCCUUACGUCCCGGUGUUACCGAGGCUGUCCAGCAAUGUCAGCGCGCAGGGGUCUUUGUCCGAAUGGUCACUGGUGACAACAUCAACACUGCCAAAGCUAUUGCUCAGGAAUGUGGAAUUUACACGGCCGGCGGAGUCGCUAUGGAAGGUCCCAAGUUCAGGAAGCUGAGUACAAAGCAAAUGAACCAGAUUAUCCCUCGUCUGCAAGUUUUGGCGCGAUCUAGUCCGGAAGACAAGAAGACUCUUGUGUCCGCACUUAUCCGACUCGGCGAGACGGUUGCCGUGACAGGCGAUGGUAGCAACGAUGCUGCAGCUUUGAAGACGGCCGACGUUGGGUUUGCAAUGGGUAUUGCCGGCACUGAGGUCGCAAAGGAGGCAUCGGAUAUCAUCUUAAUGGAUGAUAACUUCACCUCCAUUGUGAAAGCUAUGUCGUGGGGUCGUACCGUUAAUGACGCUGUAAAGAAGUUCUUACAGUUCCAGAUCACCGUUAACAUCACUGCCGUCAUUCUUACUUUUGUGUCAGCGGUUGCUAGUGGUGAUGAGAACUCUGUUUUGACCGCGGUUCAGUUGCUUUGGGUCAAUUUGAUCAUGGAUACAUUCGCAGCUCUUGCGUUAGCUACUGAUCCACCAGCUGCAUCUGUUCUUGAGCGCCGCCCUGAACCGAAAUCUGCUCCUCUCAUCACCACCACCAUGUGGAAGAUGGUGAUUGGGCAGGCUAUUUAUCAACUGGUUAUCACUCUGAUUUUGAAUUUUGCUGGACUAAGCAUCUUAUCGAGCAUGAGUGUGUUCACCAAUCCGAACGAUCCCGGAAAUGCCACGAAAGAACUCAAGACUGUUGUUUUCAACACCUUUGUCUGGAUGCAGAUCUUCAACCAGUACAAUUCUCGCCGCCUGGAUAACCGCUUCAACAUCUUUGAAGGAAUGUUCCGCAACUAUUGGUUUUUGGGAAUUCAACUGAUCAUUAUCGGCGGACAAGUCCUGAUUAUUUUUGUCGGAGGACAAGCGUUUGCUAUUACGCGUCUGAACGGUCCUGAGUGGGCAGUUUCCCUGAUCCUUGGCGCAAUUUCUCUUCCAGUGGCCAUCAUCAUCCGACUGAUACCCGAUGAAUUCGUCCGACGACUCAUACCAUCAUUCUGGAAGCGCAAGAAGAGCCAGAGCCCUCAAGUGUUAGUGUCGGAUGAAGAGCGGCGAUAUGAGUGGAAUCCCGCUCUAGAGGAGAUUCGCGACCAGCUCACAUUCUUGAAGAAGGUCCGCGGUGGACGUUUGAAGAACAUCAAGCACAAACUACAGCACCCUGAAACUCUCCUCCCUCGAUCGCGUAGCGGAUCCCGUUCUCGUGAGGGAUCGAUCUUUGCUGGAUCAAACAACGGCGAGCCCACCGAAACUGCUUCUCCUCCUCCGGCAACACCAGAGUCGCGUUCUCGGAAUCGCACCCCGCGAUCCCGGUCAAACUCUGCAUUUGGACCAGCUGCUGCGAUGGCUGGUGUUAUCGCAGGAAGCAUUGCUGGCUGGUCGCCUGUGGAGCGUAAUGCAGGCGAUCGAGAAUCGUGGCAUUUGUCAAGCACCAGUCCACACUCGGGGUUGGACAAACAACAAGGGAUUGACAUUCACCCACAAACUGCCGAGGAUGACCCCAUUAUUGUGAACGACUACAAUCUACUAUCGUCUUCGACCCCACCCAGUCAGAAUCCUGAUCUCAUCCCAGUAUUCGAACAUGGUCCACCGGAUCGCGUGCCGAGUCGUGGACGACGCUCUACUUCAAGACGGUCACGGUCAAACACGAUGACUACCUUCAAUAGUCGACGAUCCACCUCCCACUCACAAGCGCCGCCGCAAUAG